AUGUUGCUGCUCGACCUCCCGAACGAGCUCUUGGAGGCCAUCUCCGUUUCUAUCCUCGACGAUGCCGACAUCAGUGCCUUCAGCCGGACCUGCUGGAGGGCUUUCCGCUCCUCCUCUGCCCACCUCUACCGCAACAACUACCUACACAACGACGGUUCGGCAAUGACCUGGGCACUGAAGAACCAACGCCCCGAGACAGUCCGCCGUGCCAUUGAUGCUGGCAUCGACCUCGUCAAGCUACAUCACAUCACCACCGCCGCCGAGAUCGGCGACUUCGAAGUAUUCCACAGCCUUUUGGCCUGCAAGGACAAUUACGGAGGCUUCGACCAGCUGAGUCGGGACGAAAAGGGCGGCUUCCCUAUCCUCUCCGCCGUCGGGUCCGGCUGCUUCGACAUCGUCAAGACCUUGCUCGAGACCGGCAAGGUCAAUAUCAACAUUCGCGACCGCCACCAACACACCGCGCUCCACGUCGCCGCCCACGACGGAAGCCACGAGAUCGCCACCCUCCUCCUCGAGUACGAUGCCGACGUCUACGCCAAGGACAGCUUCGGUCGAAUCCCCCUCUCCAUUGCUGCGAGCCCGCAUACGUACCAGAACUGCCCUCGAAACCACACCGUCCAGCGAGACAGGGAGAGCUUCCUCGAGACGAUCAACCAGCUCAUCGCCUACGGCUCCCGAGUCGAGUACAGAGAACCCGACGGCGAGACAGCCCUGCACAGCGCCGCCUCUGCUGGGUUCUGCGAUGUCGUCGAGCUUCUCGCCACUCGAUACGGCGCCGAUGUCAACACCCGAGACGGAGCUGGGCGUACACCCCUACACACCACGAGUCUAUACCUGGGCAAGCUGGAUAUGACCAAGCUGCUGGUGUCGCUGGGUGCCAACCCAAACGCCCUGAGCAAAGAGGGCCAGAACUCGCUGUCGAUGGACCGCAAUGCCGAGGAGCCCGCCCUGGUCGCCGAUUACCUGCUCGAGCACGGCGCCAGGAUGGUCAUCGACAUCAAGGGGGCGACACCCCUUCACAUGGUCGGCUUCAUGGGCUCGGUAGAGCUGGUGGACGUGCUGCUCAAGCACGGCGCGGACAUCAACGCGCAGGACAUCAAGAAGAUGACGCCGCUGCACUGCGCCGCCCAGAUCCCCGAAGCCGGAGACGUCAUCCGCAGGCUGGUCGAGCGGGGCGCCAACGUCGGGAUCAAGAACAUGCAGGGCGAGACGGCGCUGGCGUGCGCCCUCGACAACUACUCCUUCGAGGUCGUCGACUACCUCCUCAAGCAAGGGGCCAGCCCCAACUGCGUCAACCGCUUCGGCGUCCCCGUCAUCCAGGAGGCCAUCGAGCGCCAGGCCAUCGACCUCGUCCAGGUCCUCCUCGACCACGGGGCCAAGACCAACAUGGCCAGCCCCGACGGCCAGACGGCCGCCCACUACGCCGCCCUGGUGGGGAACAUCGAGAUCAUGAAGCUCCUGUUCCGCUUCUGCGCCGAGUUCAACGUCCAGGACUCCCGCGGCUGCACGCCACUCAUGGUCGCCGUGGCCGUCAACUCGUACCCCGUCGUCGAGCUGCUGCUCAAGAUGGGCGCCUUCGUCAACGCGUCCGACAAGUCGCGCGCGACGCCGCUGCACGUCGCCGCCGACAAGGGGUCCGUCCCCAUCACGAAGCUGCUCAUCGCGCACGGCGCCGCCCUCAACGCCAGGGAUAGCCUCAAGCGGACGCCGCUCAACAUCGCCUCCUACAGGGGCCACGCCGGCGUCGUCGACUACCUCCUCGAGAAGGGCGCCGACUUCUCCAUCGCCGACCGGGACGGGAACACGCCGUUCAUGCUUGCCACGCACAAGCAGCCCGUCGUGUUCGAGCUCCUCCUGAGGAAGGGGGCUAAUGCCAAGGUCACGGGGUUCAGGGGGAGGAUGCAGCGGUACCUUAAGAUCUCGACGUACUAG